AUGAGUGUACAGAUCAUAAAGUCAAAUUUCUAUAUUCCCAGACUUCCCAGAGAUGUGGGUGGCCAGGCCAGGUGUGGCCAACACCAAGCCGUUCAGAAGCUGUUCUGUGAAGAUGAUUUCAGCCCACUCUGUGUCUCCUGCUUACUCUCUCAAGAACACGAAGGUCAUCGUGUGUAUCCUCUGGAAGAGUCCGCGGAGACCUGCAAGGGACAGCUGCAGAAAGCCCUUAGCCAGGCCUGGGCCAAGGCGAGAGAAGCUCACAUGUUGCUGGAGCAGGAGAGAGAAAGGAGGCUGAGGUGCCGGAGGGAGGCUGCCACUCUGAAGUGGGUCAUCUUGCCAGAAUAUAUCAAGACCCACCUUGUUUGUACAGAGGACCAACAACAGGAUCUCCUGGACAAGGAAAAGAGAAGGAAUGUGAAGAGAUUAUGGACCAGUGAGGCCAGAAUCUCCAAGUAUGUCCAAAGCCUCAGGAAGCUGAUUGAGGAGCUGGACAAGACUUUGGAGCAGCCCCUGGUGGAGAUGCUCCUGGCUGGGAGGAGCACUUUGGAAAGGAGUCGGGAGCUGCUGCUUCGGUGUCCAGAGCCUGUUGCCCUACGCUGGACUCUGUGUGGAACCACUGGAAUGAGGGAGCUCCUACUGGCCUUCCAGAGCCACAUCAUUCUGGAUCCGGGAACAGCCCAUUCCAAUCUCAGCAUCUCUGGAGAUCUGAAGAGCAUGAGGCUUGCUAGCCAUUGGUGGGACCUACUGGACAACCAGCAAGAAGAGGUGGAGUGUCUUCUUUGUGUGCUGGGUGCUCAAAGCUUCACCUCAGGGAGCCAUUAUUGGGAGGUGGAGGUAGGAAACAAGACAGAGUGGGAAGUGAGCAUCUGUACAGGGCCAGGAAACAACCAUCCAUGGGGAUGUGCUCUCCCUCUCUUGCUGGGCAUUUUCCUCCAAUACGAAAGGGUACACCUGUCAUUUUACAAUGUGACCCAGGGCUGCCUGAUCUAUGCCUUUCCCCUGGUCACCUUCCAAGGUCCUCUCAGGCCUUUCUUCUCCCUUGGCCUGCUACAGGAGGAGAAUCAGCCCAGCCCUCUCACCAUCUGUCCACUGAGCCCUCAUCCCUGA